AUGGAAAAAUAUUUCACAGCGACAGGUGAAAAGGUUAGGAACUACAUACAUGAUGAACUUGCAUUUUCCAUUCUAUCAAAAUUACCUCUGAAAUCUUUAAAACGAUUUAGAUGUGUUCGUAAAUCAUGGACACUUUUAUUUGAAAACCAUCAUUUUAUGAGUACCUUCUGCAAAAAUUUAAUAUCUAAUCACCAUUAUUACUAUGGUGAUGUAUCUCUACUUUUACAAAUUGGUGAUAGAGAUUUGCUUUCACUUUCAAGUGAUAGAUAUGAGAAUAUGGUGAAAUUAGAUUGGCCAAAUCCUUUUCAAGAGGAGGAUCCUUGGUUCUGUAUUUUAGAUUCUGGUAGUAUUACCGGAAUUCUUUGCCUCUACAACAGAAAUAAUAGAAAUAAUGAAAGAACUGUAUUUUGGAACCCAGCUACUAAAGAAUUCAAAGUUAUUCCUCCAAGCCCCCUCGAGGCUGUUCCAACUUAUCAAGGGUUUGGUACUGUUCUUCAUGGGUUUGGCUAUGACCAUGCUAGAGAUGAUUAUAAGUUGAUUAGAUAUUUAUAUUAUUUUUUACCAAGUUCCCGAGAUUUUGAAGAUUUGGGCAUAUCAUUACAAGACGUGCCGUGGGGAGAUAUAUCAAAUGAUUCCUUUUGGGAGAUAUAUAGUCUUAGAAGUAAUUCUUGGAAAAAACUUGAUAUCAAUAUGUACUUGGGUGAUAUACGUUGUUCUUUUUCUGGGUUUGAUUGUGUUAAAAGUCAGCGGUUGUACUUGGAUGGAAGAUGUCAUUGGUGGCAUUUAAUUGACCAUCCUGAUGCUAAAAGAGCAUUGGCGUCGUUUGACUUGGUCAAUGAGGUGUUCUUUACAACACUCAUACCCUUAGACCCGCCUUUAGAUGUAGAUGAUAUAUUUAGCGUUUUUUCAAGGCCCUUAUACUUGGUUGCGUUAAGUGGUUCCAUUGCAUUGAUCUUAUGGGAUUUCGGUACACCUACGUUUGACAUAUAUGUUUUAGGUGAAGUUGGUGUGAAAGAAUCAUGGACUAAGCUUUUUACCAUUGGCCCAUUGGCUUGCAUUCAGCGUCCUAUCGGAGUAGGAAGCAAGGGUGUAUUUUUUAUAAAAGAAGAUGGUGAAAUAGUUUGGUUUAAUUGGAAUAGCCAGAUGACUGAAGACCUUGGGAUUAAAGAAAAUACAUUAAAUUUUAGUCAUGUAUUACUUUAUAAAGAAAAUUUUCUUCUUAUGGGAGGAUAA